AUAUCCGCAUUUUUGCCAUGUUAUUGUCACUUUCCCUCAAUGGCUUCAAAAUCACCGUAUUUUGCAUCUGGAUCGUCGACUUUGACAUCAGUAGGCCGUACAUUACGUUCUGCAAGCCGUAGGAAACAUGUAAAAAUAGAAUACGAGGGAAAAGAGCUACCACAGAACGAGAGCGAUAAAAAAACGAGGCAGUCAAACAUUAGGAAUAUCCAGGACCAGGAGAAGCACCCACGUGCAAGCAAGCUUCCGAAACUUGAAAAAAAUGAGAUAAAAGUCGAGACGAAAGCUGAGAAUGCUAGUGGGGCUUGGAUACCAAAGAACUGGCAACAACAGCUAGAAAACAUUCGUGAAAUGCGACGGGAAAGGAAUGCAGCUGUAGAUCACCAAGGAUGUGAAAGAACUGCAAAUCCGGACGCCCCACCCCAAGUGCAACGGUAUCAGAUCCUUAUUUCCCUGAUGUUAUCAAGUCAAACUAAAGAUCAAGUUACCUUCGAAGCUAUGAGGAAGUUAAAGGAAAACAACCUGACUAUAGCAAAUAUCCUGAAAAUGAAAGAGGAUAAAAUUGGUGAGUUAAUAAAGCCAGUUGGAUUUUGGAGGAAAAAAGCUGGUUAUAUCAAGAAAGCGACUGAAAUAUGCCAUGAUCAAUAUGCAGAUGAUAUCCCACCUACUGUGGAAGAACUGGUUAAGCUUCCUGGGGUGGGGCCCAAAAUGGCAUACAUCACAAUGAAUGUAGCAUGGAAUAAGUUAUCUGGGAUAGGUGUGGAUACUCAUGUACACAGAAUAUCCAACAGAUUAGGUUGGGUGAAGAAAGCAACUGCUCUACCAGAACAAACUCGUAUCGCUUUGGAAAGUUGGCUACCCAGAGAGGAAUGGAAUGAUGUGAAUGUUUUGUUGGUUGGUUUUGGUCAGCAAACAUGUUUACCGGUGAAGCCCUUGUGCAGCAAGUGUCUAAAUCUUGAUAUUUGUCCAUUUGGGAGAAAAAAUAAAAAGAAAUAGAGUAGUAAUAAGUGAAUCGUUCCAAAAACAUGAUCACUCUUUAUUUGGUUACCUAGAGACCAAGGAUAUUAAAGGGUAAAAGCCAAAUAAUGCUAACAAUGUUAUUUCACAUUUACAUUUUUUUUCUGUUUUUCUUGCUAUUGGAAUUUUAUGUUGUGUACAAAUCAGAAUUGAAUGA